AUGGAAUCGCGGGUCGAUGGGCACCACCUGCGUCACCGCCCUCGUGUGGGAAAUGCUGGGGGAGAGGAGGCUGGGCCCCAAAGCACGGGAUGCCAGGAACAGGACAGAAAUUCAAUUUCAGGGACACAGGCAGAUACACGGGUCGCUGAAAGGGAGAUUUCAGAGGAUGGCAGGGAGAGAGAGAGCGAGAGGAAGGGGAGAGAGAAAGGGGAAGAGAAGGGAUGCGACAAGGCCGAGAAAGAGGAAGAGAAGGGAUGCGACAAGGCCGAGAAAGAGGAAGAGGUCCGAGUGAAGAACGGGGAUUGGGCAGGAGGCGAAUAG